AUGCACAACCCUCGAGCUUGGACAUUCAUUUUCGACAAACAAAAGGGUUUGGUGGAUUCCAUAAGUCAAUACUGUGAAGGAGCGGAGCAUAGAUGUUGUGCUAGACAUCUUUAUAGCAAUUUCACCUUGGCACACAAAGGUCUAGCACUUAAGAACCUAUUUUGGAUCGCAGCAAGGGCAACAACAGUGCCAGAGUGGAAGAGUGCAAUGAAUGGGUUAAAAGACAUAAGUGAAGAGGCUUACAACUGGUUCCUUGAAAAACCUCCUUCCCAGUGGACCAGAUCCCAUUUUGAAGAGCAUUCGAGAUGUGAUAUUCUUCUUAAUAAUUUGUGUGAGGCAUUCAACUCUUCCAUUGUUGUUGCCAGAGACAGGCCCAUCAUCUCCAUGCUAGAGAAAAUUCGGCUUCAGCAAAUGAUAAGGAUGAAUGCAAAAAGGGAAGCGGCAAAGAGGUGGGAUCAUGCAUUCAGGCCAAGAAUUGUGAAAAUCAUUGAGAAGGCUAAGUCUGAGGCAAGGUACUUGAAGGCAGACUAUGCAGGCAACCAGAAAUUUGAGAUAAGCAGCAGAGACGGUUUGAGGUGGAGCGUUGACUUGACAGAACAUGCAUGUGCUUGCAGAAAAUGGCAGCUCACUGGAAUACCAUGUCCCCAUGCAAUAUCUGGCAUGCUUUCAAGGGAUAUUGGCAUAUAUGAGUACAUCGACCCAUGGUAUAGCAAGGAGACAUACCUAAAAUGUUACUCCCCAGUGAUCCACCCGAUGUCAGGGCCUGAACUGUGGCCAGAAUUGGGAAAGCAUCCUCUCACUCAACCUCAAAAGAGAAAACAGGGUGGCAGACCCAAAAAAUUGAGGAAGAGGUCACAGGCAGAGCCACCUGCAGGCAUGAAGAUAGGAAAGACUGGCAUGAAGAUGACGUGUAAACGCUGUGGAGGGUCUGGACAUAACAGAAGAAGCUGUAAGGAGGCACUGCCUGGUGAAGAUAGUUCACAGAAACCUCCAAAUGUAACUGGAAUUUUUGAUGAAAUUGUUCAAUGUGAUGAUAAUGUUGAUGUCGAAUAUCUUGCAUUAUGUUUCUGCUUUUCGUUGUUGGUUUCUGAAAUUGUAUUCGUAAGAUCUGAUGUGCAGGCGAUUAUGAAAUAUAUGAGAAUGUUUGGUACUCUGUCUGAAACCAUUAGAAAAGGUUUGGUACUGAUUCUGCGAAUCGUUAUAAGGUUUGGUACCUAUGCUGCACCUUCUUCAGAUAAGUUUGAAGUGUAA